AUGGUUUCUGCACAGCAGCUGGGAGUGGCAGUGGCCAUUCUCUCGGUGUGUGGCCUUGGCUAUGCGGAAAGCAAUAUUACUUCCGAUAUACACUUCUACGGCCAGUCUGAGCCGGUGUACCCUUCACCCAAUGGCACAGGAUCUGGCGAUUGGGCCAAGGCCUAUGAAAAGGCCGCAAUCUUGGUAUCAAAGAUGACGCUGGAAGAGAAAAACAAUCUUACGUACGGAGUCACUAGUACCGAGAACGGAUGCUCCGGAAAUAUUGCACCCAUUCCGCGACUUGGGUUCACUGGCAUGUGUCUCCAGGAUGCAGGAAACGGCGUGCGUAUUACAGACUUUGUCAACAGCUAUGCAAGUGGUAUACAUGUGGGUGCUAGCUGGAAUAAGUCUCUUGCCUAUGAGCGUGGCUGGCAUAUGGGGGGUGAAUUCAGAAAGAAGGGUGUCCAAGUAGCGCUUGGCCCUGUUGUUGGACCGUUGGGGAGAACCACCACGGGUGGAAGAAAUUGGGAAGGCCCCUCAAAUGAUCCUUACCUGGGUGGUGCAAUUGCUGCUGCAACUGUGCAAGGAAUCCAGGAGCAAGGUGUUAUCACCAGCGUGAAGCACUUCAUUGCUAAUGAGCAGGAGCUGUACCGAAACCCCACUGUCAAUUCCGAGAAUCAGACUGUCGAGUCAAUAUCUAGCAACAUUGAUGACAAGACAAUGCAUGAGCUGUAUCUUUGGCCCUUCCAGGAUGCUCUCAAGGCAGGAGCUGGGAACAUCAUGUGCUCUUACAACCGAGUGAACAACUCAUAUGGCUGCCAGAACAGCAAGACCCUGAACGGACUUCUCAAGACUGAGCUUGGUUUCAACGGAUUUGUCGUCACUGAUUGGGAUGCUCAACACUCUGGUGUUGGAGCUGCCCUCGCUGGUCUCGACAUGGCUAUGCCUAACGGCCUCUCCUUCUGGGGCAACAACUUCACCGAAGCGUUUACCAACGGUAGUGUUCCUGUGUCUCGCCUGGAUGAUAUGGCAACUCGCAUCAUCGCGACUUGGUAUCAGAUGGGACAAGAUCAAUCGAGCUUCCCUGCCCCUGGUGUUGGCAUGCCGUACAAUAUCAGCGAGCCUCAUACCAUUGUAAAUGCACUCACUCGUGAUGCGAAGCCAACUUUGUAUGAUGGUGCGGUGGAAGGCCAUGUUUUGGUCAAGAACACGAAGAACGCUCUGCCCCUUCAGUCGCCCAAACUGGUUUCUGUCUUCGGCUAUGAUGCCAAAGCUCCUGACACCUACAUGCCCAAUGGACAGUUUUUCCUUGACAACCCCUGGGCUUUGGGCUUCGAGCCGGCAAUCUUCCAGAUUGCUGAUGCAUUCUCGACUACCGUCACUGAUGAGCCUUAUGAUUACCAGAUCGCAUUUAAUGGCACCCUGUCCGUCGGUGGUGGCUCUGGUGCCAACAGUGGGCCUUACUUAAGUGCUCCUCUUGAUGCUCUGCAACAGCGGGCCUAUGAAGAUGGCACCGUCUUGAUGUGGGAUACCUCAGUCGCUCCCAGCGCCAUUGGGCUGAUGGAGGCAUCCGACGCCUGCCUCGUCUUCAUUAAUGCCUUUGCCACCGAGGGUAUGGACCGUUCUGGGCUGCAUGACAACUACUCCGAUGCGUUGGUGAACAAAGUCGCCAAGACUUGCGCCAACACCAUCGUUGUUAUCCACAACGCCGGCACUCGUCUGGUGGACCAAUUCGCCGACAACGAGAACGUCACUGCAAUUGUCUUUGCUCAUCUCCCUGGCCAAGAUUCUGGCCGCGCCAUCGUCUCUCUGCUUUACGGCGACGCGAACUUCAGCGGCAAGCUGCCUUAUACCGUUGCCAAGAACGAAUCCGAUUACGCGACAUUGUUCCAUGAUGGUGCAGUCACACCUUACGGCCUUUUCCCCCAGUCGGACUUUGACGAGGGUGUCCUCACUGAUUAUCGGUAUUUCGACAAGCACGAUAUUACACCGCGCUACGAAUUCGGCUUCGGUCUCUCAUACACCACCUUCUCCUUUUCCGACCUCAAGGUCUCUACGCCGAAGAAUGGUAUCGCUGCAUACCCCAGCGGAGCCAUCGAGCAAGGUGGUGCCCUUGAUCUCUGGGACACAGUUGCAACAGUCACUGCCAAUGUCCACAAUACCGGACGUAGAGCGGGCGCUGAAGUUGCUCAAAUCUAUGUUGGAAUCCCCGGUGGCCCAGUGAAACAGCUCCGUGGAUUCGACAAGGUCCUGAUCCCAGUUGGAAAGUCUGUCAAGGUUUCAUUCCCGCUGACUCGCCGGGAUCUAAGCACUUGGGAUGUCGUUGCGCAGAAGUGGUUGUUGCAGAGUGGAAGCUAUAACCUCUAUGUUGGCUCCUCGAGCAGGGACCUUCCUCUGACUGCCUCUAUGAAAGUCGUCACUGAUGACAGCCCUUGA